UCCAAUCAAUAAAAGCCCACCACUCUCGAGUUCCUCAAACAGUUUUCACUGAUUGCUUGGCGAGACACCAGCGAAACUGUCGUGAAGAUGAACAAAUUUACGGUGAUUUUUGCUGCCUUAGCCGUUUUGGGCGCCGUUAAUGCCUACGGCGCUGGCGGUAGUGGUAAAUACGGAGGCGGUGGUGGUGGCUUUGGGCCAGGUGGCGGUGGUGGUGGCUUUGGUCCAGGCGGCGGCGGCGGUGGUGGCUCUGGUGGUGGUGGUGGCGGUGGCCAUGGUGGUGGCAGCGGUGGAGGCGGAUUCGGACCCGGAGGCGGCGGUGGCGGAUUCGGCCCCGGAGGUGGUGGCGGUUUUGGACCAGGCGGCGGUGGCGGUGGCGGCUCUGGUGGUGGCGGCGGCUCUGGUGGUGGUGGUGGCCACGGUGGUGGUGGUAGUAGAGGACACAGUGGUGGUGGUGGUGGUUUCGGACCAGGUGGUGGUGGCGGUUUCGGACCAGGCGGCGGUGGCAGCUCUGGUGGCGGUGGCUCUGGCGGCGGUGGCGGUUUUGGUGGUGGUGGUGGCUGGGGUUCAGGUGGCGGCUUCGGCUCGGGCGGUUCAGGCGGUUUCGGCUCAAGUGGUGGCUAUGGCUCAAGUGGCGGUCAUGGUGGCUACAAAAAGCAUGGCUAUUAGAUUUAAGGCGCUACCUUUAUUUUGCUGUGAUUCUUUAACUGUGAAAUAUGUACAUAACUUUCGUUUCGGAGAAAUCAUUGGAUAUGUUUGAUGAAAUAAAUGUCUUUUUAUAUAACUA